GCCAAAAUAAAAAAAAAUGUAGAGAAGCUGGUCUAACACUACUAUUGGUUAACGACGUUUGUGUCGUGUUCAUGGUCAGCGGGAGAAUUUUAUUUUGAUAGUCAAAAGAGGAGGUUGUAUGGGAUACGCCGGCGCAUGCGCAAUGCCACAUACCGAGCUAGCAGAAGAAACAGACAAGUUAGCCUCUGUUAGCUAAAGCAACGGUUUGCGGAUUAAACACUCGGUGAAAUGUUUCGGAGAAAACUGACUGCUCUAGAUUAUCACAAUCCCAACGGGUUUGACUGCACAGAUGAGACUCAGUUCAGGAACUGCAUCGUGUGGCUGGAAGACCAGAAGAUCCGACAUUAUAAGAUCGAGGACAGAGGCAACCUGAGGAACAUCCCCAGCUCAGACUGGCCCAAAGCCUACCAGAAGUACCUGCAGGAUGUGAACUGUCCGUUUGGAGUGGAGGCGAGGCAGGAGGCUGUGGACUGGCUGCUGGGCCUGGCUGUUCGCUACGAAUAUGGAGACAACGUGGAGAAGUAUAAGAACUGCCAGCCGCUGGCAGCCUCCAGCAACAGUGACAAAGCCGUGGAUCCUCUGGUCAACCUGGACAGUAGUUCUCCAGAUUUCAAAGCAGGAGUUACAGCUCUGUCGAACAUCCUCAAGAUCCAGCGACACGACGACUACCUGGUCAUGCUCAAGGCCAUUCGCAUCCUCAUCCAGGAGAGACUUUCUCCAGAAGCCAUCGCUAAAGCGAGCCAGAACAAAGAGGGUAUUCCAGUAGCUUUAGACAAGCACAUCUUGGGUUUCGACACUGGAGAUGCGACGCUGAACGAAGCGGCACAGAUCCUGCGCCUGCUGCACAUCGAGGAGCUGAGGGAGCUGCAGACCAAGAUCAACGAGGCCAUCGUGGCCGUGCAGGCCAUCAUCGCCGACCCCAAGACAGACCACAGGCUGGGGAAGGUGGGCAGAUGAGAGCGAGGACGGAGAGGGAGGCGAAGGGACUGAACCACGGGAGUUUUUAAUUUGAUUUUCAGAAGAGAAGCCUUUUCUUUUUGUUGUUCCAGUGGACGUGAUUCAAGUAGAAUUUUUUGUUGUUGUUGCAUGAUCGGGCUGUUUGGACGGGGAACGGAGCAAACGUGAGUCCUCAGAUGCUGACGCUUUUUGUGCAGCAGCAUGGAUUACAAAACAGUAGUCACAACUGUCCUCAUCUCUGCCAACAUGUUAGAUAACCAAUCGUUUCAGACUGAGGUUGAACCUGAUACUCUCCGGCCAUCAGCGCCUCUGAGAUAUUCAAACCGAAAGUUAUAUUUGUUUCUGAAGAAAAGAAGAAGACACGGUUAUUUUGAAGUGGUUUACGCUGAUGCUGUUUGGGGAAAAUACAGAAUCCAGCUGAA